AGAUGUUAUUCAGCGUUGGUGUGUUUCCUCAUGUGUGAUGUGUGUGAUGUAGAACACUGGUCUCUCAGGCUGAGUGGAGGAAAGGGAAGCUGCUCUGGGAGGUUGGAGGUGUAUCAUAACGCUACAUGGGGCUCCGUUUGUGAUGAUCAGUGGAACAUCAGUAACGCUCAGGUGGUGUGCAGACAGCUGGGCUGUGGGUCGGUGCUGAGUGCUGAUAGGUUUGGUCCUGGUGAAGGGACUGUCUGGCUGAACAGAGUGAAGUGUCGAGGGGAUGAGAUUCACCUGUGGGACUGUCAUCAUUCCCUGAAGAAACACACUGACUGCUCUCAUGCUGGAGUCACCUGUGCAGACGUAUCUGCAUCCACCACUUCUACAACCAAAUCAACAACAAUCUCCACCACAACAGCCAGAAGAACCAGUCCAAGAACAUCACCUGUAGCUCCAUCCACCCCUCCACUGGUUCUCUUUGUAUUGGGGACGCUGCUCUUCCUGGCCUUAGUGCUUCUGGUGGUACUGUUUUACCAGAACAGAGUGCUCAGGAGAGUGGUCUCUAAGAGGAGGCGUAAGACUCAGCCUGAGGCAGUCUAUGAGGAGAUCAACCACAGAUACAUCACUAGAAGAAUCACGAGCUCCACUCAAAGAGGAAGUCUCCUCUCUGAAGAACAGUAUUCUGGGUAUGAGCAUGUGGAUGAUGAGCUUCUCUCAGUAAAGUCUGGGAUUGGAGAAAAGGCUGAGGAUUAUGAUGAUGUCAUCGACACCAGUGACUUCAUAAGUGCUACAGGAAGAGUGGAGGCACCAGAGGACUACGAUGAUGCCGUCACUGCUGGACCGAUCCCUGAUAACGUGGAUGAGGAUGAAGCUGAGAAUUAUGAUGACGCCAUUACAGCUGAUCAGAAGUCAGUUCUACUGACAGAGGACGUGUGUGAGAACUAUGAUGAUGCAGUUACUGCUGAAACAAACCCAAACAUCAUCACAGAAGAUGAAGAUGAAGAUGAUGAUGAUGAUGUGAUCAGUGAGGAACAGGAUGUAGGAGAGACAGGAAAAUGUGAUGAGGUGGAGGAGAAAUCUCAGAAAAACAGGGACCAUGUGACUGAGACACGCCACCAAAGGCCUUUUCUCAGGAAAUUACAUUUCAACUUUUACAAAGACAAAAAAUGAUUUGAUUCUACUUCCAAUAAUGUCAUGUUUUCUGAAUGGUGUUGAUUCUCCCCCUAGUUAUUAGUAAAUAGAGUAGUGAGAGUUCAAUCCCUUUCAUAUGACUUCAUGCAAAAUCUCCAGCUUUUCCUUUCCUACACUUUUAAUGCUAUAAGUCAACUUCAAUAUCACUGUCACACCACAACUCAUUUAUCACAACAAUUCUUUCAUCAAAACUGCUCUGAUUUUCAUCUUCAUGUUUUCCAUUCAUCAACUUCUUAUUCAGUGUGUUUAGAAAUGUGUUAGUGACUAUAAACCACUUCACAACUA